CACUGAAUGUUUUUUUUUCUUUAUUGCACCAUUCUGAGUAAACUGUAGAGUUUGUUGUGUGUGAAAAACCCAGAAGAUCAGCAUAAUAUUGUGCUUACUGCUGUAAGGCAUCUUCACUGAGAACACGAUGCUACCUUUCUGUAGAAUGCACUAGAAGACCCAUCGCUCGUCAACUCUUAUUUUAGCCACUGGUGUCGUUGGCUAUGAUCCAGGAUCAACUCCCAUCCAACAGUAUAAGAGAAACCAUUUUAGGCUCCUCUCUGUAGCGGUCAUCUCUGCAUGCAUCCUUAUGCUUAUUUUUAUUUAUUUUUUUUGCAAGUCUGACCAAACUAGAUCGCUAGAUGUGGUUGAAGUGAGUGUGUGUAAGUUUAUGAAAAAGCUUUUGAGUGAAGCCUCCAUUACAUGCUUUCAUUACUUGUUAGCUACAUUAGCCUCAAAGCUUCCGUGCAAAACUAAAACAGUAAAUGUCUAGACACCAAACAGGUCUUGGCUGAUUGUGUAUAAUUGAUUCCUCACAUAAUACUGCUUUAAAAUCAGUCGGAUCUGGACUGUCCAUUUUGCAUGUUUGUCUCUCUGUAUGUCUCAUUCUCUCUUUUUGUCUCUUUCUGUAUCUUUCAAUCUGUCUUUUUUUUUGGUCUCUGUUUUUGUUUGUUUCUCUCUGUUCUGGCUGACUCUUUGUGUCUGUCUGUUAUAUUGUCCCUGUCUGUUUCUCUGUCUCAUUGUCUCUGUUUGUGUCUGUUAUAUUGUCCCUGUCUCUUUUUGUCUCGUUGUCUCUCUUUGUGUCUGUCUGUUAUGUUCUUCCUGUCUGUCUCUUUCUGUCUCGUCUCUCUUUGUCUGUCUGUCUGUCUGUUUUCUGAUCACUGCUCAGUUGAGAAUACUCCAUGAGCUUGAGUCUUUGCUGAAUGUUGCAAAUUCACACCUCUCUUUCUUUCAGGUUGCUGUGAAGAUCAUCGAUAAGACGCAGUUAAACCCCACUAGUUUACAAAAGCUUUUUCGUGAAGUAAGGAUUAUGAAGAUUUUGAAUCACCCUAAUAUAGUUAAGUUAUUUGAGGUCAUCGAAACGGACAAGACACUUUAUUUGAUAAUGGAGUAUGCUAGUGGAGGCGAAGUAUUUGACUACUUAGUUGCACAUGGAAGAAUGAAGGAGAAGGAAGCCAGGGCCAAGUUUCGACAGAUUGUGUCUGCAGUGCAAUAUUGUCAUCAGAAGAGGAUAGUCCACAGGGAUCUCAAGGCUGAGAACUUGCUCCUGGAUGCUGAUAUGAACAUAAAGAUAGCAGACUUUGGCUUCAGUAAUGAAUUCACCAUUGGAAGCAAGUUGGACACAUUCUGCGGCAGCCCCCCCUACGCUGCUCCUGAACUCUUUCAGGGCAAGAAAUAUGAUGGGCCUGAAGUGGAUGUCUGGAGCCUGGGGGUCAUUCUGUACACACUGGUCAGCGGCUCGCUGCCUUUUGACGGGCAGAACUUAAAGGAGCUGAGAGAGCGAGUGCUGCGAGGGAAGUACCGUAUCCCAUUCUAUAUGUCCACCGACUGUGAAAAUCUACUGAAACGACUGCUGGUGCUGAACCCAGGCAAACGUGGCAGUCUAGAGCAAAUCAUGAAAGACCGCUGGAUGAACGUGGGUCACGAGGAGGAGGAGCUAAAACCGUACACGGAGCCAGAAGCCGACCUCAGCGACACCAAAAGAAUAGACCUGAUGAUUACGAUGGGUUUCCCCAAAGAAGAGAUCACCGAUUCCUUAGUGGCUCAGAAAUACGAUGAAGUCAUGGCUACUUAUUUGCUUCUGGGCAGAAAACCUCCUGAGUUUGAGGGAAGCGAGUCGCUGUCCAGCACAAACCUGUGUCAGAUGCCCCGACCCAGCAGUGACCUGAAUAACAGCUCAUCCCAGUCUCCAGCUCACUCCAAAGUGCAGCGCAGCAUCUCUGCCACGCAGAAACAGCGCCGCUACAGUGAUCAUGUUGCCCCGUCUAUCCCACCGGCCGUGUCCUACACCAAGCGCACGCAGGCCAACAGUGUGGAGGGAGAGAAGAAAGAGGAGUCUAAAGGAGACACGGCUGUCUCACCGCUGACCACACAAGAGCGCAGGAAGUCUUCUACAGCCUCAGGGAACAGCACAAGCGGGGGGAUGACGCGGAGGAACACAUACGUGUGUGAGCGUGGCAGCACAGAUCGUUAUUCAGCCAUUCCUAAUGGCAAGGACAGCAGUCUGACGGAGAUGUCUGCCUCUGGUAGUGGCUCCUCUGUGUCUCCUGGAGCUUCCUCAGCACUGGCGUCAGCUAGGCCACGUCACGUGAAGUCCAUGUCUGCCUCAAGCCAUCCAACCAAGUCCCCCUUGCCCCCAAUAGAGGAUAAUGCAGAGUACAAGGGCCCUAGCUCCAGCUCCAGGGCACCCGCUACAUCUCCAUCGACCCACAGUAUCAGCAGCGUGACCCCAGACCGAACACGUUUCCCGCGGGGCACGUCUACCCGCAGCACUUUCCACGGAGCCCAGUUGAGAGAGCGGCGCAGUGCGACCUACAACGGCCCGCCCGCCUCUCCCACGCUCUCACAUGACACGGGUGCUCUGGUCCACACUCGGAGGGGCACUUCGACGGGCAUCAUCAGUAAGAUCACCUCCAAGUUUGUGCGUAGGCUACCCAGUGAAGGAGAGGCCAGAUGCAGAGCAAACAGCUUGAGGAGCGGUUCAGGAGAACCCAAGGAUGAUGGGCGUGAUUCUAAACCGCGAUCUCUACGCUUCACGUGGAGCAUGAAGACAACAUCGUCCAUGGAGCCCGGAGACAUGAUGCGAGAAAUCCGCAAGGUGCUAGACGCCAACAAUUGUGACUACGAGCAACGCGAGCGCUUCCUGCUCUUCUGCGUUCACGGCGACGCCCGUCAGGACAGCCUCGUCCAAUGGGAGAUGGAAGUAUGCAAGCUGCCCCGCCUCUCUCUCAAUGGCGUCCGCUUCAAGCGUAUCUCGGGCACCUCCAUCGCCUUCAAGAACAUCGCAUCCAAAAUCGCCAAUGAGCUGAAGCUGUGACCGGCACACAGGGGGCAGAAACUGGAAGCUUGCUACGUUGAUGUCUACGUUCCCAGUUAGUUUGGGCACCUUUUUGAGUUUACUGCUUUCUGAAGCUACUGCUGUAUGGUUUGACCAGUGGAUUUAAAAAGAUAAGAUUGGGGGGGGGGGGGAGAGAGCAUACUUGGUAUCCCCAGUUCCCUUCUUUUCUCUCAAGUCCCACAUAUACACAAGGUUAGCAUAACCAUCUUUGCAAUAAUAUUGAAAAAUCCCUGUCAGGGUCAGCAGGUUGGUGUUCCUUUACAGAACUACCUUUGUAGGCUAAAGCAGAGACUUUUAACGCUACUUUUUCCACAUGUACAGUUAAGAUACAGAAUGUUUUGUUGAAUUGUUCAUAGACUUGUAUAAUACAAGACUCUUUCGGCCUACGUAUCUGAAGGUGUUGUAUAGUAUUGAGUUCUGCACAGAAAAUUUGUUAAAUGUCUUACUGUUUUGUUUAGCUUUUUUGCUUUUCCUUGUACGAUUUUAGAUUUUUUUUUUUUUGCCUCUGCCAUGUGAUAUAUUUUAAUGAUUCUUUUAUAUAAUUUUUUUCCCCCCACUUUUCAACAGGAUGUAGAACCAGUAUAUCAGUGGCGAGUUAUUAAAUAACAGUGUUUCAUAAAACAGGCCGUGCACAUUCCAAAGGCAAAUUGUUUUAACCUGCAACCUUUUCAUUCUUUCGCCCAAGUCUCAGAGUUGUGCUAUUAGUUAGCAAGUUUGACACUCUGCCAUUCCAUGUAUGCUAAAAAAGGGAUAUAGGUUUUGAAUUGAUUGAGGAUAACGCUGUAGUUGUAGCAGAUGUAGCCCGAAUAGGAACAGGAGUGGAACAGGGUUGGUUUUGAGUGUCCUUCGAUUUCAUCUCAUUCUCCCUGAAGACGUUCUGUUUAUUUAUUACAGGUUCUACACCACCUUUACUACGCUGCUUUAACUUGUCAUCCUUGUAUGAAAGAAGUAGGAUGAGACAUUUUUUGUUUUUGAAAAUGUACUUUAAUUUUUCCUUUUGUAAUUAGUGAUGAUGGCGACAACGGUGAUGAUGGUGAUGAUGUAAGACCACUUGUGCUGGAACAUUUCCUCUUGUUCCUGUUUACUGAGGUAAUGAGGGUUAAAUGUGCAAUGCUUUUUGUUGUAUUACUGGAACACAAAAAUGGUCCCUGACUGCACACGUUUUGAGAGAAAGAUUUUGCUUCGUUUGCUUAUUUAAAAAUGGUCUUAAAGUGUCUUUCAGAGGUUUAAACUGUGAUCCGAUUAAGCUGGUCCUAGAGGAGCGCGACAUUUAAUGUUGUAACGGUACAUUUCCAGAGCAGAUGCUUGAUUAUGCUGCCUUAGCGAAUGGAGCUACUUGAAGGUGUUGGAGAAGAUUUACUUAAAAUGCAACCACCACCCACACCUCCCUUUUUUCCCCCCAGUCAUUUCACCACAACCACCCCCGUACUCCAUCAGAUCAGUGUAGUACUGUACAUUUCUCAAUAAAGUCUCAUGGGUCAUAAAGGUUCAGUCUCACUGGUGCACAUUAAAGCUUACUUGAAAUGA